AUGGGGGAAGCGGAGAAGUUCCACUACAUCUACAGCUGCGACCUGGACAUCAACGUGCGGCUGAAGAUAGGAAGCUUGGAAGGGAAGAGAGAACAAAAGAGUUAUAAAGCUGUUCUAGAAGACCCAAUGUUGAAGUUUUCAGGGCUGUACCAAGAGACCUGCUCUGACCUUUAUGUUACUUGUCAAGUUUUUGCAGAAGGAAAACCUCUGGCCUUGCCAGUGAGGACAUCCUACAAAGCAUUUAGUACAAGAUGGAACUGGAAUGAAUGGCUAAAACUGCCUGUGAAGUAUCCUGACCUGCCCAGGAAUGCCCAAGUGGCCCUGACUGUCUGGGAUGUGUAUGGGCCAGGAAAGGCAGUGCCUGUGGGUGGGACAACAGUGUCGCUCUUUGGAAAAUACGGCAUGUUUCGCCAAGGGAUGCAUGACUUGAAAGUCUGGCCUAAUGUAGAAGCAGAUGGGUCAGAACCCACAAAAACUCCUGGCAGAACAAGCAGUACUCUUUCAGAAGAUCAGAUGAGCCGCCUUGCCAAGCUCACCAAAGCCCAUCGACAAGGACACAUGGUGAAAGUAGAUUGGUUGGACAGAUUGACAUUUAGAGAAAUUGAAAUGAUAAAUGAGAGUGAAAAACGAAGUUCUAAUUUCAUGUACUUAAUGGUUGAGUUUCGAUGUGUCAAGUGCGACGAUAAGGAAUAUGGCAUUGUUUAUUAUGAAAAGGAUGGUGAUGAGUCAUCUCCAAUUUUAACAAGCUUUGAGAUAGUGAAAGUUCCUGACCCUCAGAUGUCUAUGGAGAACUUGGUUGAGAGCAAACACCACAAGCUUGCGCGGAGUUUAAGAAGCGGACCUUCUGACCAUGAUCUCAAGCCUAAUGCUGCCACAAGAGACCAACUAAACAUUAUUGUGAGUUAUCCACCAACCAAGCAACUCACAUAUGAAGAACAAGAUCUUGUUUGGAAGUUUAGAUAUUAUCUUACUAACCAAGAAAAAGCUUUGACAAAAUUCUUGAAAUGUGUUAACUGGGAUCUACCUCAGGAGGCCAAACAGGCUUUGGAACUGCUGGGGAAAUGGAAGCCCAUGGACGUGGAGGAUUCCCUGGAGCUACUGUCCUCCCAUUACACCAACCCCACAGUGCGGCGCUAUGCUGUGGCCCGGCUGCGCCAGGCAGAUGAUGAGGAUUUAUUGAUGUACCUAUUACAGCUGGUCCAAGCUCUCAAAUAUGAAAAUUUUGAUGAUAUAAAGAAUGGAUUAGAACCUACCAAGAAGGAUAGUCAGAGUUCAGUGUCAGAAAGUACAUCAACUUCUGGAAUAAAUUCUGCAGAAAUAGAUAGCUCCCAAAUUAUAACCAGUCCUGUUCCUCCAGUAUCUUCCCCUCCCCCUGCAUCUAAAACAAAAGAAGGUUCAGAUGGUGAAAAUCUGGAGCAAGAUCUCUGCACCUUCUUGAUAUCAAGAGCCUGCAAAAACUCAACACUGGCUAAUUAUUUAUACUGGUACGUGAUAGUGGAAUGUGAAGAUCAAGAUACUCAGCAGAGAGACCCAAAGACUCAUGAGAUGUACUUGAAUGUGAUGAGACGAUUCAGCCAAGCAUUGUUGAAGGGUGACAAGUCUGUCAGAGUUAUGCGCUCCUUGCUGGCUGCACAGCAGACGUUUGUAGAUCGGCUGGUGCAUCUAAUGAAGGCAGUGCAGCGUGAAAGUGGAAAUCGUAAGAAAAAGAAUGAGAGACUACAGGCAUUGCUUGGAGAUAAUGAAAAGAUGAACUUGUCAGAUGUGGAACCUAUCCCAUUGCCUCUAGAACCCCAGGUGAAAAUCAGAGGAAUAAUCCCAGAAACGGCUACACUAUUCAAGAGUGCCCUUAUGCCUGCACAGUUGUUCUUUAAGACAGAAGAUGGAGGCAAAUACCCAGUUAUAUUCAAGCAUGGGGAUGACUUACGCCAAGAUCAACUUAUUCUUCAAAUCAUUUCACUCAUGGACAAGCUGCUGCGGAAAGAAAAUCUUGAUUUGAAGUUAACACCCUAUAAAGUAUUAGCCACCAGUACAAAACAUGGCUUCAUGCAGUUUAUUCAAUCAGUUCCUGUUGCUGAAGUUCUUGAUACAGAAGGAAGCAUUCAGAACUUUUUUAGAAAACACGCACCAAGUGACAAUGGGCCCUAUGGGAUCAGUGCUGAGGUAAUGGACACGUAUGUUAAAAGUUGUGCUGGAUAUUGUGUGAUUACAUAUAUACUUGGAGUUGGAGACAGGCACUUGGAUAACCUUUUGCUAACAAAAACAGGCAAACUCUUCCACAUAGACUUUGGCUAUAUCUUGGGUCGGGAUCCGAAGCCUCUCCCUCCUCCCAUGAAGCUGAAUAAAGAGAUGGUGGAAGGCAUGGGGGGCACGCAGAGCGAGCAGUACCAGGAGUUCCGGAAGCAGUGCUACACGGCUUUCCUCCACCUGCGAAGGUAUUCUAAUCUAAUUUUGAACUUAUUUUCCUUGAUGGUGGAUGCAAACAUUCCAGAUAUUGCUCUUGAACCAGACAAAACUGUGAAAAAGGUGCAGGAUAAAUUCCGCCUGGACCUGUCGGACGAGGAGGCGGUGCAUUACAUGCAGAGUCUGAUUGACGAGAGCGUCCACGCCCUGUUUGCUGCGGUGGUGGAACAGAUUCACAAGUUUGCCCAGUACUGGAGAAAAUGA